AUGGACCGCCGAUACAACGUAGAACGCUCUUGUCUACGCUGUCACGAGCGCAAAGUCCGCUGCGACAAAGGCACUCCAUGCAACAAGUGCAGUCGCCUUAAUGUCCCAUGUGAAUAUCCCGGCCCAAAAAGAGUGAAGCGCCGAGCGCCGAAGACAACCUCUACCGAUCUAGUGGAGCGCCUGGAGCAACUUGAGCGCUCCAUUACUUCGAUCGCGGGGCAGUCAGCCCAGCCAACGCCCCAGCACCCAACUGGCCAUUUACUCUCGGAUUACCACACCCACACCCACACCGCCAAUCAUGAUGUUGUUCGAGCGUCUUCGAGUGAAUCUAGUGCGGUGACUUCGGGUCGCCAGACGGCGAGGGCUGAGCCUGGUUUCUUGGCGAAAAAUGGUAGUUAUGUUGAUGAGCCGUUCUUGUCGCGGGUGUUGGAGAAGGAGCAUGAGCUACAGUCGGCCAUGGGGUCACCCAAUACAGAGAAUGGUGCUGCUAGAAAACCGCCUCGGAUAAAGGUUGAUGGUAUGAUCACGAAUCCGCAGCUCAUCCCGUUGGAUAUCAAAUCGUUGCAUCCGAGCAGAUGGCAGGCGACGGUGCUCUGGGAGACCUUUUUAAGUCGGGUGGAUCCAGUUGUCAAGGUGAUUCACGUGCCGACGACUAAACCUCGUAUUUUCGCUGCGAUUAAUCGGCCAGAUUCGGUUCAACCUGAUGUUCAUUGUUUGCUCUUUGCAAUUUUCUUCGGUGCUGCCACUGCUAUGUCUUCUGAUAACCCCGAGAAUGAUGGCAUACGUUCGGACAUGCGUCGGUACCAACAGGGCAUUGAACUUGCUAUGUAUCAAUCAUCUUUUCUGGACUCCCCAACAGUGACCUCAUUACAGGCACUGGCGAUCUUCUUGACGUGCCUACGUUACAGCAAUAGUGGUCGCUCUGGCUUUACUCUGCGCGGACUAGCCAUUCGAGCAGCGCAAUCAAUCGGUCUUCACCGCGAUGGGAAGCACUUUAAACUGUCUCCCCUAGAGUGCGAGAUCCGCCGCCGACUAUGGUGGAUGCUAGCCACGACCGACUGCCGAAUGGCGGAGGACCAUGGCAUUACAGUGACAGAACAUGGCGGCGAUGCCCAAUUACCCGCCAACAUUGACGACUUGAGCCUUAGCGAAACAGCCACAGAACCGAUAUCCUCACAGGCACAGUGGACAGAGAUGACAUUUUCCCUAAUCAUAUCCGAAGUCAACAGAAUGUGGCUUCCAAUGGCCCGAUCAACAAUCGACUCAGAAGACGGCGCCCGUCCCGAGCAACUAAUUGCCAAGUUUCACAAUGCCCUACAAGAAAAGUAUGUCCAGUACGGCGACCUUGACAUCCCAAUUCAGCGCAUGGGCAUCCUCCUCAGCCAGAUCCUCGUCGCCAAAGCAGAGGUCCAUCUCCGACAAAAAGGGCUCCAGACCGCACUCCCAUCCUCAUCAGCAGGAGACUCAGAAGAAACCCAAGAACUUCUCGGAAUGGCCUGUAGAGCCCUAAAUCUCGGCUUGCAAAUGUAUUCAGACGAGCUCCUACGCGGAUUCCGUUGGUUAACAUCAACGUACACCCAGUUCCACCUAUUAACCUAUAUACUGUGGCACCUAUGUGUGUUCCCGACAGGUCAAUUUGUGGAGGAAGCCUGGCGCGGCGUGGAGACACAUUUUGAGCUUGUGGCUCGAGAUCCCUCGUGGCCUGAUCCGGGUCCCAAGUGGCCCAUGCUUGUGCAGCUGCGAGCGAAAGCGUUAAGGAUUCGAAAUGCGCACUCUGCUUCCGUUGCACAGAGGGAGCAGCAACGACAAGAGGAACAACAGCAGAUGCAGUCUACUGAAAUUCCUGUGUCUGUGGAUGAUGCGGCGUUGCAAAAUCUCGGGGCGCCGUUUUGGGAUUUGGAUGAUUUGGACUUCAAUUGGUCCGAGUUUCCGGAUUGGAAUUAUUUGGCGCAGAGCAUUGGUUUGAUGAAUCCCGAUGGGAUGAUUCAAUAG